CUCCUAUUUCGAGAACAGACUGCACCAAAUCGGUUUUAAACCUGUCCCCGAGCUUUGUGAGCCGCUGUCGGCGCGUGUGGGGAGGAGAAGAGUUGCAUAAUGGCAGAAGCUACCGUCUCUCCACUGAAGCACUUUGUGCUGGCUAAAAAGACAAUCACUGCCAUCUUCGACGAGCUGCUGGACUAUGUCACUGAGGGAGCAACUUUUGUGGAAGCAACAUACAGGAACCCAGAGCUUGAACAUGUAGCAACAGAAGACGAACUAGCAAAAAUACAGGCAUAUAAACAUAAGUUAGCAGUCAUCGGUGAGGUACUUUCACGGAGACACAUGAAAGUGGCAUUUUUUGGCAGAACAAGCAGCGGGAAAAGUUCGGUCAUUAAUGCGAUGCUUUGGGAUAAGGUACUUCCUAGUGGGAUUGGCCAUACAACUAACUGCUUUCUCAGUGUGGAAGGGACAGAUGGAGAUAAGGCUUAUCUUAUGACAGAAGGAUCAGAUGAAAAGAAGAGUGUCAAGACAGUCAAUCAGCUUGCUCAUGCACUUCACAUGGAUAAAGAUUUGCAAGCUGGCUGCCUCGUCCAUGUCUUUUGGCCCAAGUCAAAGUGUGCCCUGCUGAGAGAUGAUUUGGUUUUAGUGGACAGCCCUGGCACAGAUGUCACUACAGAACUGGACAGCUGGAUUGACAAAUUCUGCUUAGAUGCUGAUGUGUUUGUCUUGGUUGCCAAUUCUGAAUCAACUCUCAUGAACACGGAAAAACAUUUUUUCCAUAAAGUGAACGAGCGACUUUCCAAGCCAAACAUCUUCAUCUUGAAUAAUAGAUGGGAUGCCUCCGCAUCAGAACCCGAAUAUAUGGAAGAUGUGCGUAGGCAGCACAUGGAGCGCUGUCUGACUUUUCUAGUUGAUGAGCUCAAAGUUAUUGAUCCUGUAGAAGCGAGGAAUCGCAUCUUUUUUGUUUCAGCAAAAGAAGUUCUGAGUGCCAGGAGACAGAAGGCCCAAGGAAUGCCAGAGGGUGGUGGAGCGCUUGCUGAAGGAUUUCAAACAAGAUUCCAGGAAUUUCAACAUUUUGAGCAGAUAUUUGAGGAGUGUAUCUCGCAGUCAGCCGUGAAAACCAAGUUUGAACAGCACACUAUCAGAGCUAAACAGAUAAUAGAUACUGUGAAAAACAUUAUGGACGCCAUAAACGUAGCAGCAGCAGAGAAAAGAGUCCAUUCAAUGGAAGAGCGAGAAGAUCAGAAGGAUAGAUUGGACUUUGUUCGAAAUCAGCUGAACAUUUUGACAGAAGAUACUAAGGAAAAAAUCAAACGUGUUACUGAGGAAGUGGAAAAUAAAGUCUCCUCUGCCAUGACUGAUGAGAUUUGCCGACUUUCAGUUUUAGUUGAUGAAUUUUAUUCAGAUUUUCACCCUUCUCCUCAAGUAUUGAAGCUCUAUAAGACAGAACUGAACAAACAUAUAGAAGAUGGUUUGGGAAAGAACCUGGCUGAUCGUUGCUCCAGUGAAGUCAAUCAGUCGAUGCAUCAGUCGCAGCAGGAGAUGAUUGAAAAUCUGAAACCAUUGUUGCCUUCUGGUGCUCAGAAUCAGCUCCACUUGCUAAUUCCAUGCAGGAGGUUUGACCUUAGCUAUGAUCUAAACUGUCAUAGUCUGUGUGCAGAUUUUCAAGAGGAUAUCAUGUUCCACUUUUCUUUGGGAUGGACUUCACUUGUAAACCGUUUCUUGGGUCCUAAACAAGCUCAGAGAGUACUAUUGGGACUAGCAGAUCCAAAUUUACAAAUCCCUCAUCCUUUACCUACCACCCCGCCUGCUGCCAGCCUUCCUGCCGUAACUCCAGAGAACGUAUCGCACGAUGAUUUUAUGGUUCCUUUGGUAAUGAGUUUAGCUUCACUGACAUCACGGACCUCUAUGAGCAUCAUCGUUGUUGGCGGAGUGAUUUGGAGAACAGUAGGCUGGAAACUCAUCUCCCUUUCCUUAAGUAUGUAUGGGUUGUUAUAUCUUUAUGAGAGACUAACUUGGACCACUAAAGCAAAAGAGAGAGCCUUUAAACAGCAGUUUGUAAACUAUGCUACUGAAAAGCUGCAGAUGAUCGUCAGUCUUACAAGUGCUAAUUGCAGCCAUCAGGUGCAACAGGAAAUGGCCACUACCUUUGCUCGGCUCUGUCAGCAGGUGGAUAUUACCCAGAAAAACCUGGAAAAAGAAAUUGCUAGGCUUUCCAAAGAAAUAGAUCAGUUGGAGAACGUCCAGAGCAACUCCAAGCAGCUAAGAAAUAAAGCCAUUCACCUUGAGAAUGAACUAGAUCGCUUUACAAAACAUUUUCUUCAAAAGAGUAAAUAAAACGUCGUUGC